AUGGAAUUAGUAAAUAUAAACUCAGGUGUUAUCGAGCUGUCGGAUGGUUUGGAAUUGGACCAAGUUUCAGGUGAAAUACGUAAAAAAGUAGCAAAACGUGUUGGUAAAUUGGUAUUUGACCCAAUUUUAGGUCAACUACGUGAAGCAAGUGAUCCCCCAAGUCCAGGUAUAAACACUUACAUUUUUAUCUUCUGGGUUUUUGUGUGUUAUGCAAUUGCAUAAGAAAUGGAAUAAACGUCGAUGUUUCGAGUGACGGCGGGCCCGUCGCCUGAAAGUUAGAAACUAUACGAACUUCGCUCGAAACUUCAAAGCUUCUUAUAUUUUCAUGUAGUUGCAUAAUACACAGAAGCCCAGGAAUUGUAUUGGCACCUUAUCUUACACUGGCACCUCAUCUGAUGCACAUUAAGCAAAGCAUAGUGAGACUUAUUUUUAUAUACAGGCAUUAUAUGUAUUAAACUGUCUGGUUUAACGAUUUACUUACUGCAGAGAUAGAGUAUAAUAACAGUCUUUAUUCAUACUCAAGAACACCCGUCUGUGAGUUUACAUUAUAAAAAUAUAUAAGAUAAAAUUAUUGAUAUCUAUAAGGUAAUAACUAGAUAUAUACAGUUAUGGAUAAAAAUAUUAAUAAUGUUAAAAAGGUAAAGGUUAAAAUUGGUUAAACAAAGUUAAACAAACAUCGAUUUACAAAAGAACUUUUAAAUCGCUCUGUUCUCACUAAUGGAAGUUCAAACUCGUGUCCCCUUGGCCUAAGGUGUCUAUUUAAUUUAUCUGCAUAGUAAAAGCUCCUGUAGUGCAUUAUCUUUAUUAUGUAUUACUUUAUCCCAAAGUUUCUUGUCCCUUUUGAUGCUUAUCUCCUUAAUAUUCAAUUUUUCCGAUAUGUAACCAUUUCUGUGAGCGCGAUUGAUGAAUUUGUCUAUUUGACUAAUGUAUUUAUUGAAGUAUGCGCCUCCCCAAAGUUCUAUGCCGUAAGUGAUUAUAGGCAUAAUUAAAGUGUUUGAUUGGGAAGCAUGUCCAGUUGUUUGAUUGGGAAGCCAUAGUAUUUACACACACGUAUAUAACAAGUCUAACAUGUGGCCGGGACAAAGUCAAACCGGAAUGAAAAUUGAAAUUGUCAACAUUUUUACACGAGAGCGGUACAAAAAUCGCAAAAUUUCCUAUUUACUCCCCUUGCCAAGAUGGCUUUUGUUAGUCCAAUGUCAAGGUUACAGCCGAGAUCGGUUUGAAAUGUAUUUGUGUUUACAUUCAUCCCAGUCUGAAUUCAUGCCAGUCUGAAGUCGGUCGAGCAGGCGGAAUGACUUGAGACCGAUCUGAGUUAUUUUCUUCCCGGUCUCAUGUAAACAUCUAUUACUAAAUCCUAUGGCCGAAAUGAAAUGGUCCCGGUUUUACUUCGUUCCGGUUUCAUGUUAACGGGGCCUAUAAGAUUAAAAGCCCAUACAGACCGAACGCGAUUCGAUCGACAACGCGACGCGAAUUUCAGUUUUUAAAACCAAAUAAAACCGUCAACGGAUAAAAAAUUUACAAGAUAUGCAGACCAAAUAGGUAAAAUUGCUUAAGUGGUUCCGAAUGUUUGAAAAACAUUGAAAAAUAGUAAAGUUAAGUGUCAUUGAAAAUUGAUGAUUCGCGUCGCGUUGCCGAAUCGCGUCCGGUUUGUAUGGGCCUUGACAACAACACUGUUCAACAGACCACAAACCCUUAUAAUUUUAUCAUAAAUACACUGAUCCAUAAUUCAUUAUUAUGGAAUUAUUAUAACACAUUUUCCAGGGACUAAUGUUUGAAUGUUUUCAAGUUUCCAACCAUCAAACCUAUUAGGUAGUGUAAGUCCCUUUUGAAGUCUUUGUAAAAUAUCUGACUUGAUGAAUAUUCGCUGAUGAUCGCUUUUAAAGUUUGUGCCACAUGCAGUUAUCUAUAUUCUGUGGUCUAUAUACGCAAGCAAUCGCUCUCGCCAAAAUCUAUAAUGAAUACAAACGUGAGGUAUCAUGCAUAUAGAAAUGUAUGAGAAAUCUUUUUUAUUAUUAGUAGUGAGUGAGAUACUGAAACAUACACAUGCAGUGAGAUAUUUUCCAUAUCUUCACUAGCGAAAAUAUCGAUCACGUGACUUUUAGUAUUUAUACAAUUUUUUAUACGGUGGCUUGAAGAUAUGACUUUAUCUUCUCGUGUUAAAAACUUAAAAACAAUAUUUUACUCACUAUUUGAUCGCUGCGCUCGUUCGUAAAAUAUUGUUUUCACCACUCGAAGAUAAAAGUCAUAUAUUCGCGCCGCCGUGCAUGUAAUAUCCUCUAUGUAUUUGACCUGCCAGUAAGUAAGUUUGUAUAUAUGUUUAGAUCUAGAUUCACUAAUAUGGUUCCCGUCGGCACGCGAAGGGUUUUCUGGUGCUAACUUUGUUGCAUCGUCAGCGAUGGACAAGAUUACGAUCAAGCCUAAAUUAUGGUUUAAACGAGAUGUCAUUGUCAAAACCAUGCAUAUCUCGUGCAAAUCUGACACGUAUAAAAAAGCUCACAGCUAUGCUGGAGUAAUUAUUUACCAAUACAACGGCAAGUCGGAAUGGAGAACGGCCAACAAUACUCACUGUAAGUCUGGCUAUAUCGUCAUUCAAGACACAGAAUCAGAAAAUGUUAAGCGAUGGAGAAAUGACCCUGUUAUAUGCGGUGCAGUUCACGGAGCUGUUUAUAAAAAUGCCUUCGGUGAAUCUAAGAAGAAGAGCGUCGUUGGCGAAGGUUUUGCAAUACAAAACGGAGAGAUUAAAUUUAAUUCAGGCGUCUUUAACAACCCACAGGGCAGUGCAUUCCAUGAUGAUCGCAGAUGGAUGAAUAAAUUGUCAGAGCAUUGCAUAAGAAAGAUAGUCGAAGAGGAAUGGAUGACUGCAGGUUCGUCUGGGGUCAAACAGAGAAAUUUCGAUGUGAAACAACUGCUCUGCGAUUUUGAUAUUGCAAACAACCCCACUUUGCAGGUGGAUGAAGAUAACUAUACGCGAUCUUGUAAUAUAUUGUGAUCAUUCUUUUGCUAAAAAUUACGGUCACCAUAGAGAAUUUUAACGUAAAUUUUUAACACUAAUUCUAUAUAUACUGUACGAUUCAACAAUUUAUUUACAGUCAUCUUCAGGAGAAUACAUGAAUGCGGCGUUUAUUGGUCUUAUUAACCAGAUGACAUAAGGGAAGCCUCACAUAUCGAUUUUUUUCCACGAGAAACGUCAUAUGUUCGUUUGGGGGGUGGCAGCUGUGACGUUUCUCUGUAAACAUCAUGGAAAAAUUCGAUAGUUUUUAU